AUGUCACGUAUUGAGAAACUCAUGUCCCAGAAAAGUCGGCCGAUGGUAGCCCACCGUGGUUUCAUUUAUACGUUAGAACGAACAUUAGAAGACAAGUGCACUUUUCGUUGUAAAAAUCGGAACUGUAAAGCUCGGUGUCAUACGAACUUAUCUAUGGAUUUCUUCAUGUUGGAUCCAACAGCACACUCGCAUGCUCCAAAUCCAGAACAAAUUCCUGCUAUUGAAGCUAUGAACAAGAUCAAAAUGAAAGUAGUGAGUUCUGACGAGGCAACAAGCUCAAUUAUACAAUCGUCGUUGCGUGCAUUGCCUUUGACCGCAGUUAGCAGUCUACCAUCACCUGCGUCAUUAGUAAGAACUGUUCGAAGACAACGUCCUACGCCAUGUUCAACUUCGAAUAGUCUACUACUGGACUUGUUUAGAAAAACAGAUCGUGGAGAAGAUUUUGUUUUAUAUGAAGAUAAUCAAAUGAUAAUUUGUGCUACAACGAGAAACUUAUCGCUGUUGAAGCAAUGCAAGCAUUGGUUUGUCGACGGCACCUUUAAGGCGGUUUGGCGUCAUGUACAAGAUAAUGGUUUAACAAGAAAAUAUGAAGACGACGAUACUUUUCGAUUAAAUGUUAGAAAACUACUUGUCUUACCCUUCGUUUCAGCGUCGGAAGUAAUUGAAGCGUUCGACUUACUUGCUGAUGACUUCGACGAUGAAGCUGAAAAUCUGGUGGAAUAUUUCGAAGAAACGUGGAUAGGUGAAAAGAAGAUUCGAGGAAAUGGAAGGAAGAAACCAAAAUUCAAUAAUGAAUUAUGGAAUGUGUAUGAACAUGUCAUGAAUAACCUUCCCAGGUCGAACAACGCCGUAGAAGCAUGGCUAGGAAUUGCUCGGAAGAUAUGA